AUGAAAAAAAUCGACCCCUACUCCUUUGACGUGUUCUACUUUCUUACUGUAUCUAGGUUAAAAUCAACCAUUGCAGCAGAGCAUCUUCAUGGAACUUUGAAGCCUCCACUUCUUGGAACUUUGAAACCGCUUUGUAGAAUAGAGUUUGAGCUUCUUCACUUGUUACGGUUUCUUCGAGAGCUUCAAAACCCAAUUCCAUUCCGACAUUUACGACUCAUCAACCAUGCCAUAAUGAAGGAGAUAUCCUCGUCAAUCGAAGCUACUAGUUCAGCGACCCCUAAUCGACACCUCCACCUUCUCUUCUCUCCUCCUCCCCUAGAUUUUCUCUCGUCUCUAUCCACCACCAUAUGA